CCACUUUUUGUGAUUUGCGGGGAUUCACCUUCUAUUCUGGGAUUCCAGGGUCGAUUCGUCACUAUCUUCUCCUCCAGGAAUCUGAAGGUGAUGGCAAGUGGGUUUGAGGAAUCAACAAGCAGGUCGCCCCCAAGCCCUUCCUGCUCCAGCAACAGUAACAAUGACACGGGCAGUUUUGAAUGCAAUAUUUGCUUUGACUUGGCACAAGAUCCUAUAAUUACUUUAUGUGGUCAUCUUUUCUGCUGGCCUUGUCUUUACAAAUGGCUUCACUUUCAUUCUCAAUCACGAGAAUGCCCAGUGUGCAAGGCCCUAGUUGAGGAGAAAAAGUUGGUCCCCUUGUAUGGGAGAGGAAAGACAUCAACGGACCCGAGAUCAAAAUCUUUUCCAUGCGAUAAUAUCCCUCAUCGGCCAGCUGGUCAGAGACCUGAAACUGCCCCUUCACGAGAACCAAAUCAUUUUCCUCAACAUGGAUUUGGAUUUAUGGGUGGGUUGGGAGGGUUUUCCCCAAUGGCAACAGCAAGAUUUGGGAAUUUCACAUUGUCAGCAGCAUUUGGUGGUUUUAUACCAUCCUUAUUUAACUUCCAGUUGCAUGGGUUUCAUGGUGGGGCCUUGUAUAGUGGAGCAGCUGGUUUUCCUUUUGGAUAUGCUACUUCAUUUCAUGGUGGCCAUGCUCAUGGGCACCCUCAGUAUGCAGGUCAAGGACAACAAGAUUACUACCUGAAGAGGCUGCUUCUGUUUGUUGUCUUUUGUGUCGUUCUUGCGUUUAUUUGGCAAUAGAUUGGAUAGAGCUGAGAGCCUGAGACUGCUAAAAGAUAAUUAGUAUUUCUCACACCUUU